CGUAAACGGACAGCCGAUGAUGAGUUGAGCCCUAAUACCCCUAAGCCCCAGCCUCAGCCCCGGUCUCGUCGAGCAGCUAACAAUAUGCCACCUACCAAGGACACGGAACUAGUUGAGCCUGGUGAUGAUGACCUGGGCGACCCUGACAAUACAGCUAAUGGAAAGGUCAAGAAGUCUACUGGUGGUGCAGUAGAGGCAAUGGAGGCAUUAGAGGCAGCAGAGGCAAGAGCCGGUCUGCCUUUAAUUUGGUAUGAGUAUUUUUGUCUGGCGUCAGUUACGCUUGCAACAAACGUUCCAACAAGCAAUGUAAUAGCAGAAGACUUCCAUGUAAUUUCUGGUAAGGUGGGCGUACGGUGCAGACCGUGGAACUAUCCUAAGGAGCUAAGGGAGGGGGUUUUUCGGCAUAAGUACCGGGGCGUACCAAGAGGUGAGCAGGCAAAGAUCUUCUUGUUAUUGACUACUGCCCUCUCUCUUCGCCAGAUAGCCAACGUUUCAGGCAACUGUAAGGCCGGAUGUCCCAGAACGGGCCAGUAUGGCCUCACCUGA